GACACUUGCUCGCAAUGGAUGAUGGGAGUUGUAGUUUGCCAAACUGCCUGAACUAAGUUAGAAGCGCGUGGUUGUAGAAGUGACAGUCCGUUUGCAUCUCGCUUCAGAAUUUCGUGCAUUUAACGUUAUUGAACCUCAGAACAGCCGUUGCAAUGUCCACAAAUACGGUCGAGAGACCCAUGUUGUGCGAUACAACGUCAUCGAGUGGGAAUAUGGAGUCCGUACACUGCAACUGGAGGAAUGUAUCACGAGCUAAUCAGAUCUCUAAAAGAUCAAGACCCAUGUCCGAAACCUUAUCCAAACUGGCUCAGCUCAUCACCUGCAUGGAGUACAAACCAAAAUCACAAACGUCUUCCUCCAUCUGCAAGGACGCCAGCCAGAAACCCUCCGAAAUGAACGCUCUUGUGCGUCACCAGCAAAAAGAGCGCACCCUGCAAAAACUCCACAGCUGUCAACGGUGUAACCAACAGUUCGCUUUGCUUUCCAGUCUGCAGUUACACAAAUGCCCUCGUUCUUUAUCCGUGUGCCAAACAUGCAAUGGGAAAAUGCCAAAGGGAUCUUCAUGCGCCUCCUGUGGGAGUAAACCCUCAGUUCCCAACUGCACAGAAGAUCCCAUCCAUCAAGGCAACAGCCCAUGCGGACAAGCCUUCAGCCACAAACAAGAUCUGCUCCACCACCAGCAGGCCGGAGACUGUCAGCCUGCGAACACUCUCAAAGCUGCUUCCUUGCCACCAUUUAAACAAAAAGCCACAUGCACCCUGUGCUCUAAAACUUUCCGUGCCCCCAGAGGUCUUGCCUGCCACAUGCGCUUUUCCCACGCACCAAGAAAAAGAAGCGCGAAUUUAGAAAAGGAUGUGCAUUUUGGGAAUAUGGAGAGGAAUGAGAGCGUCUCGAGUGCGCUCUUUCAAUGCCGUUCCUGUGAUAAAUCGUUUUCCAAGACAUCGCUUCUCCAUCGGCAUAGGAAGGAAGAACACAGACGGGAUGUAAAGGUGAGGAAUACGUUUAGAAACUCAGGGAAGAUCACCAGACGGAAGCGGAAAAGUGGGAUAUAUCCAUGCCUGCACUGCGGAGCCGAGUUCCUGCAUCAUCUGACAAGAUUGGCGCAUUUUAGAAACUACACCGUCCACCAUGAGAUGCACCUCAAAUUAAGUAACAAAUCAACCGGUGUUUAUGCAACCGCUGCUAAGCUCAAGCUGAAGCCCGCAAGAAAGCUCCAAAAAGAUAAACCUGAAGGGAAGAAAGGAAGACCGAAGAAAGUUCUCCCUGUUCACAUUGAGGAAACUAAAGAAGAGGAGGAAGUGGAAGAGAAUACACUGGAAGAUGAUAGUGAUGAUGAUGAGGAAGACGAGGAUGCCGAGUACCCUUGUACAUCAUGCGAUCAGGUCUUCAGUUCCACAGCUGCUCUGUUUGUUCAUGAGAAAAUCCAUGAUCAGUUGCCGGCGGAAGUAGAUGAUGAGCCGGCCGAGACGUGCAGGUGUUGUAGUGUGUGUUCAGGCGGGAUUCCUCUACACAUGCUUCCUGAAGAUGGCUUCGAGGGGGAAGUCUAUCACUGUGUGCCAUGUGCUGAGACCUUCAAAGCUCUGGAUGCUUUUCUAGAGCACUGCCAGAAACAUCUGAUACGUGAACAUGAGGAUGAGUUCAGUGAUGACUGAAAGAGUUUGCUUUUUUGCCAUUUUUUCCUCUUGAGAACAAAAGAUAGUUGCAUAUUAUUAGACAAAAUGCAAAAAAAAAUUAAAAAUGACUUGAAGUUUAAGGGAUAGUUCACACAAAAAUGUAAAGGAGGACCCACGAGAUGUUCUAAACUUCACUUCCUUCUGUUGAAGAUUAAAGGAAGAUAUUUUUACAAAUGGGAAAAGUAGAAGUCAGUAGGGACCAAUAGCUGUUUUGGCCACCCAUAUUGUUUAAAAUGUCGUCUUUUGGGUUGAGCAGGAGAAACUUUAAGCAAUGGCUCACCCCAAAAAAUGAAAACGACCACAUUUGUUUUCCCUCAAGUGGUUUUAAACCUUUAUGAGUUUGAACACAAAGGACAUUUUGAAGAAUGCUGGUUGCUACCACCCAUUUGCUUACAUAGUAGGAAAGAAAUUACUAUGGAAACCAGCAGUAACCCGCAUUUCUCAAAAUAUAUUUUUCAUUAUAAGAAAGAAACAAGUUGAGGGUGAGUAAAUGAUGACUACAUUUUCAUUUUGGGGGGAACUAUCCCUUUAAGAAUGUGUUUUUAACAGCUCAAGGGUGAGCAAAUAAUGAUUUAUUUUGUUUUUUAGUGACCCAAAAUAAGCAUUAUGCCAUCAUUUUCUCACCCAUGUGUCGUUUCAAACCACUCUGAUGUUCUUUCCCAUGUAGAACACUACAGGAGAUGUUUUGGUUGCUAAAUUGUUUUCAGUUCUUAAUGGUUUCCAUUGUGUUUUUUCAUAUAUGGAAUUGAAUGGGAUCCAAAAUGUGUUACCUAUAUUAUUGAAAAAAAAAUCUUAUGUUCUACUGAAAAAAAUAAUUCCUAAAAGUGUGGAACAACAUUUUUGUGUGAGCUGCUCAAAUAUGGACACAUUUUUCAGGAAUUACAUUCAUCAGGUCUUCUUGGGUUGAGUAGUUUGUCUUGAUGUUAUCAGUGUUUUACUGAUUAUGUAGUUCAUAAUAUUGUAAGGCGUACACAGGAUAACUCGCACUAACUAACUAACUAAACUGAGCCAAAUAACCAGACACAUUAUAGAGUGGAGAUGGAAUGAGGUCACAAUCUAGAACAUGGAUCUCAAGCUUGAUUCCUGGACGGCCGAAGCUCUGCACAGUUUUGUUCCAACCCAAAUCAAACAGAUGAUCAAACUAAUCAAGGUGUUGAAGACUACUGGAGACUAUUGAGCGGGGGUAAGUUGGACGUGGUCGGAGCUAAACUCUGCAGAGCUGCGGCCCUCCAGGAACUGAGUUUGAGACCAUUGUUCUAGAUCAGGGGUCUCCAAACUCGGUCCUGGAGGGCCUGUGUCCUGCAUAGUUUAGCUCCAACUUCCUCCAUCACACUUACCUGGAAAUCUAGUGUACAGAGGAAGAGCUUGAUUAGCUGGUUAAGGUGUGUUUAAUAAGGGUUGGAACUAAAAUAUGCAGGACACCAGCCGUUCAGGACAGUGUCUGGACACCACUGUUUUAGAUAAUGGGUCUCAAACUAAAUUCCUGGAGGGCUGCAUCUUUUCAAGAUUUUUAUAAUGCAGAUUUUCUUAUUAUAAUUAUUGAAACAUCUGUGGUAAACCUAACUCAACAAUAUAAUGCUUUGCUCUACAGUCUAAAUUAGAGCAGUGUUUCCCAACCAUGUUCCUAUAGGCACACCAACAGUCCAUAUUUUGGUUAUCUCCCUCAUCUGACCUGUUACCUUCAGAUUUUGAAGUUUCUUCUAAUGUUCUGCUGAAUUGAUUCAGGUGUGUUUGAUUAGGAAGAGGUUGAAAAUGGGUACUGUUGAUGUGCCUUCAGGAACAGAGUUGGGGAAACACUGAAUUAGACUAUAACCAAAACAUCUAUCACAAAAAAAUACAUUUUGGUGUGUGUGCGUGCAUGCGUGCGUGUUUCAUAAAACAUACAUUUCUAAUAGUUGACUGCAUGAGAAUGUGUGAUUUAUGAUGUAGAAAACUGUAAUUUAUCAUCAAUAUAAAUUCCUCAUUGUAAAACUCCAUGAAAACACACUCUUAUCGUCUUUUUUCUAGGUUAUGACAUGUUUCCUUCAAUAAUAAGAAGCCGAUUGCAUUAUCAGAUACUGGUACCUCAUUAAAACCACUUCCACUUUGCAUGUAGUUUAUCUUUAGGAUGAAUGUUUUCCACACUUCCACACAUAAAACCUAUAUGCAUUACAUGUGUUUGUGUAUAUAUGGCAUAUAUUGAACAAAAGUAUAAAGUCUUAUAUAUGGCCAAUGUCUUGCGAGCUGAAGCACAAACACAAUUAAAUUUGUUUAAUUGAUAAUUGUUGAUCUUUGAGAUUUGAUUUUGACUAUUCAGUUUGUGUUGAGCAAACGUAAUACAGUAAGCUUUAUUUUUCAUAACAGCAUCAAAACAACACCCAGUCAGAUGCCUGCUGCUAAACAUUGGGAAUAAAAUAUAACAUGUUGGAGCAUUACAGUCGCUUGCUUUAUAUAUAUAAAUAUGACAUUUUAUGCUAUCAGACCAAAAAUUGCAAGUAUAUUUUCAGUUUCUUUCUGGAGAAUGAACUGAGACCUCAGAUCUGUCCGUUUCGCUGACUUUUGCAGCAGAAAAAUUUUGUUCUUUUUUUCUUGCUUGGGCUUCCUAACCUUUGUAAUAUGAUGUAAAAUUUAUAAUCUGCAUUAACUUUUUGUAUAACACAGCUAACACUUUUGCAGAUAGGCUGCAGUGACGUAUCAGCUUUUUUCUUAUUAUGCACUGACCUUUUUGUCCUUGAACACUGUAUUAAAUGUACCUUUAUGGCUCACAUUGUAUGAGAUGAGUGAAUGUACCUCAUUUUUCUAUUGUGAAUAUAGAUGUUUCAGUUUAGCUGUGCAUUAAUCUCUGGCUGUGUUUACUUGCGGCUACCUCAAGUAUCACCUGCUUUGUCCCAAAAUGUGUGAUUUUUUUUUUGAUUUUUUUUUUUGACUAAUGUUUGUCAGAAAAUUUACCUCAUGUUACUAUGUACGUUGAAAUUAUUUUUGAAUAAAUUGGUUAAAAUAUU